CGGUUGCGGCGGCGGUGCGGUGGCGGAGCAGAAGCCCAAGUUAGAAAAAAAAUGUCGCAGAACGGGAAAUUGACGCCGAAUCUGGACCAGCAGAGCACCAAGCUUCUGAAUCUGACGGUUCUGCAGCGAAUCGACCCCUUCGUCGAGGAAAUUCUCAUCACCUCCACUCACGUCACCUUCUACGAGUUCAACACUGACCUCAGCGAAUGGAGUCGCAAGGACGUUGAAGGAUCGCUCUUCGUGGUCAAGAGGAAUGCGCAACCUCGGUUUCAGUUCAUUGUGAUGAACCGGCGGAAUACUGAAAAUUUGGUGGAGGAUCUCUUGGGAGAUUUUGAAUUUGAAGUCCAACAUCCAUAUCUAUUGUAUCGAAAUGCGGCUCGAGAGGUCAAUGGCAUUUGGUUCUACAAUCCAAGUGAAUGUGAGGAGGUGGCAAAUCUUUUUAGCAGGAUUCUUAGUGCAUAUUCCAAGGUGCCUCAAAAGUCAAUGGUAUCACCAACAAAGAGUGAGUUUGAGGAACUGGAAGAAGUCCCAAGCAUGGUUGUUAUGGAUGGUCCUUUGGAGCCAUCAUCAUCAACUGCCUCUCAUGUCACAGACGUUCCAGAUGAUCCAGCUUUUGUGAACUUCUUCAGUACGGCUAUGACUAUUGUGACUUCUUCAACUACAGCAAUUACCGGACAGCCUUACCAGUCGUCUUCGACAGUCUCCCUACCUUCUCAUCCAGUCGGUGUUGCCCCUUCAAGUAUUCCUGGCAUGCAAAUACCAUCUACUCCACUGUUAUCGUCUACAACUUUAGCCUCUUACCUUGACCUCCCUGAAGCCCAUAACACCACCAACUUGGCCAGUAAUCUUGUAAAGCCAUCUUCUUUUUUUGUUCAUCCUUCCUCUUCAGCAACAACCAUGCCACCUGUCUCUGCAUCAAUCCCUGCUGCUCCUCUUCCUCAACCUGCUGUAAGUGUGCAACGUCCAUAUGGUGCUCCUCUUUUACAACCUUUUCCACCGCCAGCUCCUCCACCGUCUCUCACUCCUGCUUCUUUCCCGACUCCGAACUAUGGGCCAGUUAACAGAGAUAAAGUACGAAAUGCACUCAUUCUGCUUGUACAGGAUAAUCAAUUCAUUGACAUGGUAUACGGAGCACUCCAGAAGGCACCCCACUCAUAACCUUUUCGGAAAAGCUUUACUGUCAGCAUGUUAACGCAGGCCAGUGAACGCCUACCUGAAGCAGCAGAGUCUACAAGCUGGAUUGUUUUUGUUCGUUGUGUGCCUUCUUCUUUCAUUCCCCCUUUAAACGUGUGCAUAUGAUGUAUAGGAUUUCGAUUCUCAUUCUCAUGGGAGGGGAAUUUCGAUAUAGGGGUAUUUGUAAGUUUUGAAUUGACAGUGCCGCGUAGUUUUGAAUGUUUGUUUAGUCUUUUACCUGAUGCGCGAGUGAAGACCUUUGUAUUCUCAGCAAUCUUAUACCCCUAAACACCCCCUGAACCCAAGCAAGUGAAUUUUAAACACAAUGCUGAUGCGUACUAAUUGUUAAUUGAAAGUGCACUCGACUUUUUUUUAAUGAAAAGUGUGAUCAGCACUUCAAUUUA